UUGGGAUUGGCAGCGUAUCUGGCUACAUUGACUGAAGCCAAGCAGUACGCUAUCGAAGAAGCACGAGAGAAGAGGGAAACCGUUCAGUGCAAUUUGCGUUCAGGAACACCAAUCGUGCCCUCUUGGUUUGAUCGGGAUGACAGUCAUCAUACUUCUCGUCUUCAGUUCUGGACAGCCUAA